AAUUUUCUCGAUGUUCUCUGAUUGGUCGUUCUGCAUUGAACAAGCCGCAGUAUUCGGCGAGUCCCUCUGUUACACUACUUACGAUUACUUAGAAAACGCUAAGGAUAAUCAAAGCAUCCGCAUUGACGGUCUUCUGAUUACCGGGAUUCGAGAGGCCAGGUCCUUAAUCACGGAUCUUUUAAUCGAUAGGCGAACCUUUGAAAAACUGUCUAUGGUAAUCGUGAACGGGGAUCAAGAAGCAACAGCUCUGAAACGUGUUUCGAAGUUUUUUCAUCGAUCCAUUUCGUUGGACAUCAAUCACAAAGGUGAACUGGUCUGCUGCAUUUUAGACAACGAAAACAAUUAUAAAUGUAAUACUGUUACCGAAUUGCAAAACUGUGACCUCCUGAUGGAUAUACCCCAGAGUAACAAGAGAAAAGAGAAACAAGCGCUAAGGGUAACCAGAUUUCGUCUGGAUCCGGCGAAACGACCCGCUGGAAGUUACAACUUUGACAACGCCUUGGUUCGGCUGGUAGACAAACCACUGGUACAGAAAAUGGCCAGCAUGCUCAACCUGAUCCCAAAGCCCGUCGGAGAUUACGCCAGCUCUGGAAACCGGCUAGCCAAUGGGACAUUCACCGGUGCUCUCGGUGAAAUCGAGUACGGUAGAUCGGACCUUGCCAACUCCAGGAUAAUCUCUCACUUGAGGGGAGCCACCAAUAUUCGAUUUCUGCACCCAAUCACCAUUACCUCUUUCAAGUUCAUAGUGCCGAAAAAUUAUUACAAACACCCAAAAAGAGAAGUUCGUAUAAUUGCUCUACCUGUUGAGUUCGUUGUAGCUUACGUAUGUUCCCUGUUAUGGAUCCCAUUGGGAUUCAUCCUAUUCGAAUACUGGGGUGCCAAGGUGUUCCCCAAUGAGCACAACUCAAGAACCUCGUGGAUGACAGCCGUAUUUGUUACCUAUUCAGCGAUGACAAACAUCUCCAUUGCUAUUCGGAACAUUUCCUCUCAGCGAAUCUACUGGAUGAGCUUCAUUUGGUUCCAGUUGAUCACCUACAGCGUCUUCCAGGGCAAUAUGAUCAAUGAAGUCAAUCGAGCCGCCAACAAUCGAGAUAUACAAACUGUUCAAGAGCUCCUGGAAUCAACCCUCGACCUCCGUCUGCAUUCCUCGAUGGCAACAUACUUCAGUUUCGACGAAAGAACAAUAAUCAAGUACAACCUCACGAAGCGCAUCCAAUGGGUCGACGAUCAACCUGACAAGGAGUUGUCGGACCUUGUCGCCGAAAGGUCUUUCGCGGCACUGUAUUUCGUCGAUCUGAUCGAAGAUAUCGUUCCGCAGUUCUACGACAAACGUACCGGCGAAGAUCUGCUGUACGUCAUUCCGGAAACGGUGUACGAGUUCUAUUGUGCUAUGACCGUUCCGGUUGGGUCGCCCUAUGUGGAACCGUUCAACUACAUUUCGAUGCAGUUCGUCGAAAGCGGACUGAUCGCGUACGCUUUGGUACAAUUGAGCGUGGAGGCACGGCUGGCCUACGUACGACGGUACAGAAAUCGAAAUUUCGCUCCGCCGGCUUUAAGGCUCCCCCAGACCUAA